AUGGGCAAAGACUUGCAGAACUACAUACAAGCUGUCAAAGCGAUAUUCGAGGCGCGACUAAAGGAGGAGCCAGCAGGUCUGGUAGGACUGUUGACUGAGGGUUCCGAAGACGUUCGCUCGCUGCUCCGAUCGGCAUGUCUGAUCGCGUUCCGCCACGAGAUUUGGUCAGUUCUUAUUCACGGACGGACAUUUGAGAUCCCGUUAUCCUCAGUUGAUGAUGAUGUGACUUUUGAUUGGACGAGCGAGGAUCAGUUUGACUGGAUGAACCGCAUCCUCAUUUGGCUGGCCUGCAUCCUCCGCCUCUGCUAUGGCACUUACCAAGAUGAUCGCAGCGCGCCAAAUGGAUCCACGACAUUCUCCUCAGUCAGCGAGCGCUGGCGUAUCCUCAAGCGCUUUCUAGAUCGCUGGGACCAAAAGCCACCCUCCUGUUUUGAACCGCUCUGGUAUGAGGAGCGGGAUGUCGCAAAGGGCCGACUUUUCCCACGCGUUUACAUGGCAACAUCGUGCCAGGUGAUUGCUUUGCAAAACAUCGAGCUUGCUCGCAUCACACUUGCUGUAUAUGAUCCUACCAGAAAGAGGCUCGGGCUUGAUGUAGCAGCAAGAGAAAAGGAGACUGCGGACCUAGUCCGACGAUCGCUAUGGCGCAUUUGCGGGUUGGCUCUCUCGAAUCCGUACCAAGUCUCGAUGGUUGCAGCGUCACUAGGCAUUGUGCUUUGCAGUGAUUAUAUUGAGGGUCGCAGAGAGCAGGCCGCUAUUGUAGACAUUCUGGUUGAAACUGAGAGGGACCAUGCCUGGCCGACUAAAUGGAUAGCUGAACAGUUGUGGGAAAGGUGGAAAUUAGGGGAUAUUGGUGAAGACUUUUCCUCUCUAACCAGGUAUUUGAUGUCAUUGGAGCAUGAACAUGGUGAUAUUAUGCGCACACCCGUGGGAAAGGUGCCCUGGAGCAUUAUCUACGAGCGUAGGCUGGUGGACGGGUUCUUCAGCGUGAGCGAGGCCGAGAUCCGAGACGCCCUGAAGCUGGUACUCGAACGAUUCAAGCUGGUCAUUGAGCCUAGUGCGGCGUUACCCCUGGCUGUGGCCUUGUUCAAUGAGGAUUUUUGCGGCAUGGUAGAGCGAGAGGCAGGCGAGCAGGGUUGGGAUUUAGGCAUCGUCUUUAGAGGUGGGAAUGUUGAUACAGAGAAACUAGCGAUGCUCUUUGAUGAGCAGGUGGCCCCGAAUAUGUAG